GACUCAGUUUCAGUGUAAGGCGAGCACGACACACGUUUUGUAUGCGGCCAACCAGCGCGCAGAUCGGGGACUCUUUAUAUAUAAAGAGAUCUUACGAAACCGCUAGCACAUUCGGAGUUCGGACUAUAGCUUGUCCAGGGAGUCACCUGUUUCUUCUCUCACCGGUCAACAAGAUGCUGUUCGUUUUGGUAAUUUGUCUGGCUUCGCUCGUGGGAAUACUUGGUGCAGCUCCUGCAAUUGAAAGCCAGCCAAAACCUCAAGUUCUGAGUUACGAAAUGAACACAGCUAACAUGCCUAAUUCAUAUAAUUACCAUUAUAACAGUAGUGACGGCUCAUCGAGAACGGAGCAAGGGGAAUUCGUAGAUCCUGGUACAGGUGAAGCUUCGCUUAACGUAGCUGGGGCGGUACGUUGGUACGACGACAAGGGACACCUCUACGAAAUGACCUAUAAAGCGGGAAGAAGAGGCUAUACAACAAUUAUAAAGAAAUUGUCAUAGAAAAUAAUGAAACUGUGCAAAAUGUACUGACUGCUCUAAUUUAUUUUUAACUUUUUUUUAUUUAUUAAAUUAAAUUAUUAAAA